AUGACAGAAUUUGCGGCGCCUAUUGAUAUUGAUACUAUGUUCACCGUAUUGCAGGAAUUGCCUGGUGCUUUGAAAGGCGAAAAAUGCUCGAAAGAUGAGAACAGCCAUUGCUUGUUGCCUUCACUGAGCCAGUGUAAUGACCAGAAAUCGAUGGAUUGCAGCACACAAACCAGAACGCCGAUUUUUUAUAGAAGCUUGGUGACAGAUGUUUUUGACGGACGUCUGCGUAGCGUUAUUAAAUGCCUCACAUGUCAUCAGCUUUCAGAAACUUCCGAAACUUUCCAGGACUGGUCGUUGAGCAUUCCAACCAGGGAACAAAUGGACUAUAUUGCUUCACAUCCUGUCACGCUGGAAGAUGACGACGACGUCGACGAUAGUGCAAGUACCAGUACACAAGUAACUCUCUUACUCGUUAUUAACAACAUACCUGAACUCGUAGUGUUCCAUUUUUAG